UGACGCUUGAGAUGCCUAGAUUCUAGACAACAUAAUAAGGCGUAAACAAUAUAAUAAUAUUGAGAUGUAACUUGUAGUAAUUGUUAUUGAAAAAUAAGUUUAAAAUGUUUUAAUUUAAUUUGUGUAUAAAAUAUAAGUGUUCUUUUACAGAAGUUGUGGCAGCGAAGUUUUUUCGCUUAGCUUAAUAUGGCUUUAAGUGGAGCAAACCUUGUACACCUGAAGAAAGGAGUUCCGGAUAAAAAACUAGAAAUAAUCAGUGAUGAUGUCACUAUAGGGUCUGAUUUGAGAUGCACAGUGCGAAUACACAAAGCUGAUGUUGAGCGUAAGCACUGUACAAUUAAAAGGAAUGGAUCAAAGGUCAUUUUGAAUAAUUGUUCACAGUCAACAAAUAUAUUGGUCAAUGAUAAAUUAGUUUUAUCAGAUAUUGAAUUAAAAGAUAAUGAUGUGCUAUCAGUAAGCAAUAGAAAGUUCUUGUGGAGUUUCAAUGCUUCAAAUUUUAAAAAUAAAUACAGACGUAUAACAACAUUUUCAAAUCGUGGACGGAAUAAGACAAACCAAAAAAUAGAUGGAAGGGAAAGGAAAAGUUUACCACUCAGUGCUUACUUACCUAUAUCAGCAGAGAGUCCUGAAAAGCAAAUUGCUAUAGUGAAGCCUUUACAGAGUGCUCCGGUUGAAGAUGUAUUUUUAAUGGAAGCUGCAGGCAGUUACAAUAGUUCAGUAAUAGGUGGUCAAAAUGUUGUUUCUAAAAAUUUGGUGCAAAAAAAUUCCAAUACAUUAAAUUUAAUCAAAAAGACUCCUAGAAAAUCAACAGGUGCCAGAUCUAGUAGAUCAAAGAUUUUGGAAAAAUUAUCUCACAGUGCUCCUAAAACUAGGGAUGGAAACAAAAUGAGAAUGAGUCAAAGACACUCUUUAGCUGCUGUAGUCCAAACCAUCAAAGAUAGCAUUAAAAUUGUUAACACUAACAUAAAGCGGAAUAAACCAAUGAAGAAAGCUACUAGAAAAUCUAUUUCGCAAAACAAGAUUGUUGCUAAAACAGCAGUAAAACGCAAAUUUAGUGAAGAAGAAGUUAUUAAUUUAAAUAAUAAGAAGAGAAAACUUAAUAGCCCAGUAAUAGAUGCCAAGAAGAAAGCAGCACUUAUGGUUUUGAAAACUGGGGAGCAAAACCACAUCAAACCAGCUAAGUCAUAUCCACAACAUCAGUAUGCUCUAAAAGUCCCAAACAGUUUUAGUUUCGGACCAGUUGCUAGCAACUUCGGUACUGGCAGUGAAAAAACAGACAAGAAAAAUAAUUCAAUUAAUGAAAUAAAAGAGAAUGCAAUUGGAACUGAAGAAGGCACACACAAUUGUGAAGUUAAAUCAAGCCUCUUAGAAAACAACAAGAAAACAUUGAGAAGGUCUUCAAUGAGAUGUAACACUUCCAAGACAGAAAAUGACAACAUUGAAAGCAGAGAACAAAAUAUAGUGGCUUCAAAGAACAAAGAUUGCAUGAGAAAAUCUUCAAUACAGAGUGGUUUGAUUGAACCAGCAUUUAAACAAUCUUUGAAAUAUUUUGAUAAAAGAAAAUCAUAUUGUACUGAUGUUGCAACAAAAAUCAAGAGAACUAAUAAAAUGCUAAAUAGGUCUUUGGAUUCUCAGGAUUCUCAAAGUUCAGCUAUAGAUAUUAAAAGUGCCAUUAAUAAUUUUAGUGAAAUAGAUGAAAAAAGCAUGCAUUCUACUAAAAAAGAUGGAUCUUUUGCUAUUGAUAACACAGAAGAUUCAAUUUUGAAACCAUCUCUAAUUGAACAAAGUACAUUGCUGGAUUCAGAAGGGGAAAUUAAUGAUCAUCUUCCAGACACAAGUUCUAAGAUAAUCAAAUUGAAAAGUGCACCCAUUGCUGUUGAACCAACCAUUCAAAAUAAUUCAUUGUCAAGAAAAUCUAUAAGAAGGUCAAUUAGAGCAUCACCUGCAAAGGAUUUAAUAAAAGACAGAAACAAUGCUACAAAUGCAAAAAAAAAUGUACAAAAAGAAAUAUCACAAUCACCAACAUAUUCUUUGGAAAAUAGCAAAACUGAAAGUUCUUUUGUCAGCGAUGAGGAUAAUGUGAACACUGGAAGUAAAUCCAUUUUUUACUUGGAUAAUUCAGUGACUGAAAAUUCUACUGUAGACCCACAAUUUAAUGAAUCUUUAGAGAAUAUAAAUUCCAAUUUCUGUAAAAAGAGAUUUGUUAAUUCACAAAAUAAAAAUGGGAAGACGCCUAGAAAAUCAGGUUUGUUCAAUCGAAGUUUGAAAAAAAUUGCUGAAGAAGUGAGUACACAAUCAGAUGUCUUAGAAGAGGCGGUAGGAAAAAAUAAGAUAAGAUUAUCAAUGAAAAGAACUUCUCUGAGAAAUUCUAUUAAAAAAGUGAACACCAAUGAAUCUGAAAUACUUGUUGAUUUAAAUAUGAGUGGGCCACAAUCGGAAAGCUUAAUCUUAGAGGAUUCAUCUUUAAAUGACACUGUUUUUUUGAAUUCUAGCCAGGAAAUAUAUAACAGCACUAGUCAAUUAAACAUUUCAAUUCAAUCUACUGAAGAAACAAAUGCCAAUGUUAGUAAAGCACAAAACGCAAGUAUACAAAUUAGUGCUGCCGAAAAUGAUUUGAUUUUUGAAGGAUCUGAAAAUUCAAAAAUACCUUCAAAAGUUGCAGAAAUGUCACUCCGGAUUUCAUCUUUACAAGAAAAUAAUGUGGAAGUCCAUAAUGAUUUAAAUAAAUCUGAAAUUGUAAUGAAAACAAAAACUAAAAGAGCAUCUUCAGUGAACACAAAAUCUCUAAACAAUUCAUCAAUAACUAAUCUUCUUCCAGAAGAUAAUGUUAAUAUUAGCCACACGGAUAAUGAAUUUAAUAUCAACGAAAGUAAAUCAAAUAGCAAAAGAUCAUCUGUAUUGAAUAGAAAGUCUUUGAGAAAUUCUGUGACAAUCAAAACAACCGAAGAAAUAAAUGCUAGUGAUGAUUUAACUGUAGAAUUUGAUCAUCAUAAUCAAUCAGACUAUUUAUAUCCUAAGACCAAGGAAGAGACAUUAUGCAAAAGUAUGAAGGUACAAGACAAUGUAAAAUCUCCUGUGAAAAGAUUUUCUUUAAAAAGUGUGCAUGGUGUUCAAGAAUUAGGCAUUAACAAUGACCAUAUAAACCAAAUUAAUGAAAAUUUAAACAUAGCAAGUUCAGUAAAGCAGAAAAGAUUGAGCAAUUAUAUUAUAGACUCUGUUCAAGAGCCAAGUGAUAUUGAAUUAAGCCAAUCAGAUAUCGAAUUAAGUACUCAUGAAAUUCAUUUAGAUGAUGCACCCAUUUUUGAUUCGGAACAUCGUGAUGAAAAUAAUCUGAAAGAUUCAGGCUUGCAUAACAAUUCCAGAUUAGAAAAGUAUUCCAACAAUUCUUUUAAAACUCAGAAGAGAAAUUCUGCAAGAAUUUUUAAUACAAGGAAAUCAUUAAGUGCCUUGACAUCAGGAAAAUCACUUUGCAAUAGUGAUGUACUAAUAAAUACAUCUCUACCUUGCCCAAGCCUAAAAACAUCAGAUCAAUUGCAUGAUGGUUUAUUGAAUAAAAUACAAAAAUCUCAUCUGAGUAUGUCUAAUAAUACCUUUUCUUCGAGUGAUUCCUUGAGUCAUAUGACAAAUAUGAAUGAAAAAUUAAUAGAAGAUAAUACAAACUCAAUUAAGAGAAAUUCUUUAAGAGUUUCUAAUGUUAAUUCUUAUGUAAACCAAUUAGAUGGCAAAUUGAAUACUAGUGAACAUCUAUUAAAGGACCUUAAUCAAACAUUAAUGGAAUCAUCUCCAUUACAAACAAAAUCAGUGAACAAUUCUAUAAAUCUUGACCAAAAUGCAACAAAUGUUCAAGGUGAUGAAAUAGUAGUUGUAAAUGAAUCGAUACUGUCUGAUAAAUCAAUGCUUGAUACUGCGGAACAAAUAAUUGAUUAUACAGAUGAAACACUUUCCAAAUAUAAUGUUUCUUAUCCAGAAGAUGAUGCAGAGACUACAUCAAGGAAGUCAUUAAGGAGUGGAAGUCGUGCUGCGAGUGCUGUUAAACAUAUAUUAUUAAAUCCUAUUAACCAAAAUGUAUCUAUGAAUCACAAAACCAGAAGAAAAUCUUUACAGUUUUUGCCCUCGAAAAACCCACAAUAUCAAAAACAAAAAUUAAAUGCAUCUCUUCCUUUCAAAUUAAAUUCAAGAAAAUCGAAAUUGUUGAAUCAAAGUCUGAAUAAUGGACUCAAAAUGAAUACUAAUGAAAGAAAAUCUGAGAGCAUGACUACUUUAAGCGAUAUUGAAAAUCAACUGGAAAACACAAACACAACUUUACCUGAUAUUCUAAGCGAAACUUUUUAACUUCAGAAUUAUGUCAGCA